AUGCGCCAGACGCUUCGACGGUCCUGUGCUGCCUGCGCACGAUCAAAACACAGCUGCGACCUGCGCACGCCGCGCUGCUCUCGCUGCCUCAAGCGCAAUGUCCAAUGCCUCUACGCCAACGAGCCCUUGACAGCGUCACCAGUCUCCUCCGAGCAGCCCGGCCGAGAGGAGACAUGGGCGUCGAGGCCUUCCAGUAGCCCUAGCGCGUUGACCACCUACAGGUUUGGAUCUCUGGAUCCAUUCGACUCGUAUCCACAGACGAGACUUCCGAGGGCACAGGUGCAACGUCUCAUCCAUAGCUACGAGGAGCUGCUCGCUCAGAAGGGCUUCCAGUCGUCGGAAGUUCUGAUGGCCGACUCUGUGGCUCUGCUGCGACGGAAAGUCGAGGACUUGUCGUUGGCUGUACAAGAUGGCACGAUGAACUCGGUCAUCACGCUGGCGACGAUAGAGGUCGGUUCUCACGUGCAACGUCCCUGCGUCUUCUAUUCUGACAUCACAUACCCCACCCAGUACGGUAAAGGCAACAUUGAUGUGAGCCACACGCACGUUGAGGGGGUCAAAAGAUUGGUCCAGCUGAGAGGCGGCAUCAACGCCGUCCGGCAGACCAGCCCUCUCACGGCAAGGAUGGUGAGCUGGGCAUCGAUGCUCAUCAUGGGCCACCCGCAAUUCGAAACCCAAGACGAUGCCGGCAUUGGGGACGGCAUACCGCCUAUCCCGGAGUGGCAGCUUGAGCCAGCAGGCCUUGAUGAUUAUCAUGUUGAUCUCGCCCUCUACGAGGUUGACUACGCCGUCAGCAACGUUGUUGAUCGCCUACGGAGUGUUUUCCGGCAGGCGGAGCAAGUGCAUUUUUCGACGACACGACUUCACGAUCUGACAUGUUUUGUUGUUCAUCGCCUUCUGCGGGCAUCACCAGAUCCGUCGAUAACAGCCCCAUCACCCGUGAGCCAAUGCCUGCGGUACACUACUGCGCUCUACAUGUUCAUCAUUCAGGGACCAACAUAUUACCCACAUACUGUCAUCAUGAGCGAUGUUAUCAGGAAUCUGAUCGAGAACCACGAACAGCUCGAUCCUUCGCCGUUUGAUAUUUGGAUCUUCACCAUCGGUCUCGCAGCCUCGGUGGGCACAGCACAGUACCAGUGGUUCCUCGAGAGGGCGCGAGCUGCGGCGACUAGCCUUCAACUCAGAGAAUGGGGCCAUGUUCUUGCGCAUACCAGGGCUAUAUUGUGCCAUGAUCUUGAUCGCUCUGACCCCGAGUCAUCAUCUACGCAGGCCCAACAAAUCACCUGUGACGACUCUGAUUAUCAGUCCGGCGCCAAGGGCCGCAAAUUUCAACAAUGCUUGACCUGUCUCCAAGAGUCACCUUUCGAGACGGCCUCGGAGAGUGAUCAGCUGUGGUUCCUGUACAACCUCAGAUACACGCUCGGCCAUUGCAUAUUUGGUUUUCCCAAUUCGACCGGCCUCGGUUCAGGGCCCUGCCUCACCUCAUCUGCUUGCGGACCUUUGGAAGAUGCCUUGACCGACGACCUAUCGGAAUUAGACAGCACGUCGCAGUAUGGAUACUGUGAUGCUGAUGGAGGGGCCAUGACGUCCGAUGCAUUUGGUCGAUGCCUUGAUUGUGUCAAGGUCGGGGGUGAACAUCACUUAUUGUCCAACUUCCUCAUAGCUUUGGACGCUGGUUGCCAACAACGUCCCAAUCCCGGCACUCUCAUCGGCCUGAACGACACAAUAUUCAGCGCCACAGCGGUAGAGGCCGUUGAUCCCUCGACGCUUGAGACCAAGAAGCCGGAACAAGCGCCAGUGCUUACGCUUCCAGCAAUCGUUGGCAUCGCCAUUGGCGGGUUCGUGCUGCUCCUCCUCGGCAGCGGCUGCGGCUACAUGCACCACCGCAAACGCAAAGCCCGCCGCGAGAGCCAGAACAUGUCAAAGAAAGGAGCCCGCCGCCAUCGGCCGGCGUCAUCGCUCUCGUUCCGCUGCCAGACGCACCUGACGCCCAGGUCACCAACCUUCUUCCCGAUCGGGGAAGAGGAGGCGGCCACGCGCGAGAAGCCCUUUGUCGACCCGGCCGCGGCGCUCACCUCGAACCCAUCCAUCUCGACACACAUGAGCAGCGCCUGGAACCAGUCGUCCGCAAGCCCGCCGCCCACCCAGCCCUGGCGAGGCGGAGCAGCGCCGCAGGGCCACGCCAAGGACGCCCUCUCCCUGAGCACCAUCCUGCCCAGCCACGCGCAGUCGGCCUUCUACAAACCCUCGCCGACAGACUACGCGACGCCGACGUCGACGUCGUCGACCCGCUCCACGACAGCCCUCCUGCCCGUACACCACGCCCCAGGCACCGCCUCGUACGGCGCCUCCGCCCCGCCCCGCCCCCCGCGCAGCCCGGCCGCGGAAUCGCACGGCUCGCCGCUCCUCUCGGGCGCCACGGCGAGCCCCCUCCUCUCGCAGCGGGGCUGGCCCCCACAGUCCGGCCAGCCGCGAAGCGACGCCGUGUCAUUGUCGCCGCCGAGGCAGAGCCACCCGCAGGGCCAGGUGCUGAACAUUCUGCUCGGCAGGGAGUCCAUUGCGCCUGUGGCGCAGAAGAGAGGCGUGCCGGUGCCGGCGCCGUUGGGGGGCGGGAGCCCGACGGAGAGCCGGACGCUGCAGACUUCUUUCCCGCCGCCGCCGUCGCCGAAAAGGAGGUAG